UGUUCUGCCCCUUUCCUUCGCCUGUCAAUUCUUACUCCCAGUCUCCUCGCCGGCCCCACCCUCCCUCUCCGCCCAGGGUCGGGCAAGGUGGCGGGGCAGAAAGAGAAGACAGAGCCUGGGAAACUGAGGAGCCGGCAAGUGCGGCGAGCGCGCUCUCGCCCGCCCCGCCCGUGCUCGCGCACGCACACGGGCGCGUUACGCUGUCACGCCCGCGCGCCUCGGCCCAGAGGCUCGCGCACUAGAGCAGAUUCGGCUGCGGCGGCGAAGCUCGGAGCUCUCUGGGAGAAGGGAGCGAGGAGCGGCUCCGGCGCCCUCUGUCCCCUCGACUCUUCUCCCUCCGGUCGUGCGGAAGGGUGGGGCCAUCUGCCGCCUCUCCCCCUCCUCGCGAGGCCGACUCCGACCCCCCCCCCCCACGCUCGUCGCGCCGCCUGUCCCUCCCCCCACCAUCCCCUUGUCCGUCUGUCCGUCUCCUCCCGCGUCUUUGCAGGAUACCUCCUGCUUUCUGCUGCUCCUCCGCCCUCCGUGUCUGGGGCUGCGGGGAGCCCGCGGAGCCCGAGGAGAUCCCUGGGCUGAGGUGGCGGCUCCAGCUCCGGCUCCGGCUCCAUCAUGUCUGCUGGAGGGGACUUCGGAAACCCCUUGAGGAAAUUCAAGCUCGUGUUCUUGGGGGAGCAGAGCGUUGGAAAGACGUCUUUGAUCACCAGAUUCAUGUAUGACAGUUUUGAUAACACCUACCAGGCAACAAUUGGCAUUGACUUUUUAUCAAAAACAAUGUAUUUGGAAGAUCGAACAGUACGGUUGCAAUUAUGGGACACAGCAGGUCAAGAGCGGUUCAGGAGCUUGAUCCCUAGCUACAUUCGUGACUCCACUGUGGCAGUUGUUGUUUAUGAUAUCACAAAUGUAAACUCAUUCCAGCAAACCACAAAAUGGAUUGAUGAUGUCAGAACGGAAAGGGGAAGUGAUGUCAUCAUUAUGCUAGUGGGAAAUAAAACUGAUCUUGCUGACAAGAGACAAGUAUCUAUUGAGGAGGGAGAGAGGAAAGCCAAAGAGCUGAAUGUUAUGUUUAUUGAAACCAGUGCAAAAGCAGGAUACAAUGUAAAACAGCUUUUCCGACGUGUGGCAGCAGCCUUGCCUGGAAUGGAGAGCACACAGGACAAAAGCAGAGAAGACAUGAUUGACAUAAAACUGGAAAAGCCUCAGGAGCCACCAGUCAACGAAGGAGGCUGUUCCUGCUAAUAUCAUGUGGCUUCUUGAAUCCUUCCCCAGAACCUCACUGCUUUUGCCCCUUUAUCCUUCAUUGACUGCAGUGUGAAUAUUGGCUUGAACCUUCCCCCUUCAGUAAUAACGUAUUGCGAUUCAUCAUUGCUGGCUGUCUCGUGGAGAUGAUCUAUUAGCUUCACAAGCGCACACACACACGCGCGCGCACACACACACACAGAAUAUGUCAGUGUCUUCAUUAUUUAUAUUAAAAAAGCCAAAAUAUUCCAGCAUAUUCCAGUGAUAACUUUAAAAACUAGGUACAUUUUCUUAACAUUUGUUCCUUUUUUAAAUAUGUUAUGAUAGUGCACUUUGAAAUGAUAGAAAUCUCAAAGAUCUGAGUUUGACUUGGUUAAGGAGCAAUAUGUUCAGAAUAGCACUCGCCUCUACCUGAUUUUUCCCUCUCUUUCCUAUUCUCCCAAACCAACCUGCCUUCCCUCCCCUCGAUACCUUUAUCCUUGCUUCAUAAAGCAUAUUAGAAGUAGCCCAUUAGCAGUCAAGACAGGCAGAUUUGGAGCAUCCAAGUCAGCCUUCAGCAUUAGGGAUAACCCAAGCCCCUAUACUUGGGCAAAGAUUGACACCAUGAACUUUCUUCUAGCUCACUCAUGGAAUUCCCUUGAGACAAAGCCAACUGGCAUUAUGGAAAAGAUUGUGUUCUGAUGGGGGAAAUGAGUCUUUUUAAUGAAUCAGCUUGUACAAACUGAAAGGAGUCAGAUGAUAGUGACUGACAGUCUCUCUGGCCAACAAAAGUGACUCCCUUCAUAUGUGCUUACCCAAACACUGAAAACAGCAAACCCCCAGGGAUCUCCAUCCAUGUUGCAUUUUAAAAAAUAAUUGUACCCACUCCUUGUGGUAAAAUCUGAAAGAAAUACCUUAAGAGCACUCCCCCAUCAAGGGAAGUGGGAGCUAUUGCAUUACUUAGAAACUUUUUUUCCCCCAGAUCUUUUCCCCCUCUUAAUCUUUAAUACGGUAUAGAAAAGGCACUGUGUAAGUGUAUCUUCCCAAAAAAAGAGUGGAGAGAUUUCAGUUUUGGCUCUGGUUAACUGGCAGAAAAGGUUGUGGACAAAAACAAAAGCUCUCCGAAGAAUAGCACAUACUUUGCUCAGGACAUUAGAGGUCAAGUUGGAGAGGAUAGCUGUUUACUUGUAUGGCCUCAAAGCCUUUGUGGACAAAGAGAGAGAAGAAAUGAAAUGCAAGAUUAUGCAGGCUUAUGCCAUUAAUUUCUGGCCUUUUUAUGUUGGGUCUUUCAAGUCGGUUUGGUUUUUUUCCAUUAGAUCUGUAUAGUUUGAUUAAUUAACCAGGAAUUUAGUUUUAUAUUUAACUAAGCUACAAUUAUACAAUUAACAAUUUUUCCUUCAGUGAUAUUUAUUUCCUUGCCUUUGUUCUUUUCUUUUUUUUUCUCUUUUUAAACUCCAAUCUUUUUGGCUGUUGUGUCAAGGAAUCUGUCUAGAGCUUGGUCAGUGUGGCAAUAUGUAGCACACCCCCACCCCAACCACCAUUCUCCUCUCCCCCCAAAAAACCACUGCAAACAAUACACUAGGAGUGCACCCUUUUAUCCUUUACUAGUUAUUGUGAGAUUGCUGUGUAAGUCAGUAAACACAUUUGUAAAUACAUUGUUUGCAGAAAGAGAAUUGCGGAGUUAUAGUGCAGGAUGGCCAUUCCAGAAUCUGUUGUAAACAUUACUUAGUAAUAUAAUAAAGGUGAAAUUUCAAUGAAACAUCAUCCCACUCUGUCCUUUGCCCUUCAAAACUAACCAACUGGAAAAAUCCCCACCUACUUCCUUUCCUCCCCAGAUCCACUUCAUCAUCAGGAAAUAUGUCCCAAGCGCUUGGAUUAUGGAACUAAAUCGAAAAGUCCAUCAACCAGGGUUUCAGGACUAGCAUUUGUCUACAUACCAAUAACACGUUAAAAACAAAAAAAAGCAAAUUGGGAUGGAAAGUGCUUUUAUAAUGCAAUAUUGUUGUUAAAGGCAAGUUUUUUUGACAUGGCAUGUCCUGAAAUAAAUAUCAAUUAAAUAUGA